AUGUCGCACCCAGAGAACCUCCCGAGCGUCAUUGAGCGGUACCAGAAGGAGAUGCUCCGCAUCCUCGGUGUGCUUGAGAGCGUCCUCUCCAAGCAGGAGUGGCUCGUAGGUGGCAGGUGCACUGUCGCAGAUCUGAGCUUCAUCGUGUGGAAUGCGUUGAUCCUUGAUGGCACCAUCACGAAGACAUACACCCCAGCCCAGUUCGAGGAGGACUUCCCGGCAGUCUUCAGGGGCUUUCGUAUUGGCUCCAGAUGGCACCAAGCGAUGAUGAAUCGGCAGACGGUCAAGAAGAUCUACGCUAUAAGAGAGGCAUUCAAGGUCUGA